AUGGAGAAAGAAAGAACUACACGUACAAGAGGAGCAUUUCAGAAUAUUCAUCAGAAUACCUUGCAGUCUAAGAUGGCAGAAUUAUCUUUGAUAAAGGAAGAUUUGCAGAAAGAAAAAGGGAGCACUACACAAUCAUAUUUUGCUUACAGGACUCUCACUGAUGAGCUUGGAAAACUUCAAUCAACUCUUGCAGUUGUGAAAAAUCGAACUUCUAUGUCCACUUCCAUGUCCAAUGCUAUGAUCUUAGAGCUCGUUUCGAAGCUCGAAGCUAUAAAUAUGAGCAUCAGAUCAAAAAUGGAGGAAGAAGUGGAGAUGAAGCAGACCAUCAAUGAAAUAAACGAAGCUAUGGAUGAAGCACGCAAAGAAAAGGAAACUAACAAGCGGGACAUGGAGGAAGAACGAAGAGUGAGAUCAGAACUGAAACAAGUCCUGAGGAUGAGGAGGCAGAAAUUAAGAACAUUACAACUUCAAAUCCAAGCUGUAGAGAGAGAAUCAGAAGCAUUUUUGGCAUCAGCAGCAGAAGCACUUGAACUUCUCAACAACUCAAGAACAGACAAUAACUGUACUAUUCAACUCACCAUGGAAGAAUACAAAGACAUGAAAGAAAGAGCGAAAGAAGAAACAACACUUGCUGAAUGGCGAGUUUCACUCUUCAUGAAACAGCAACUUGCAGCUGAGGUAAACAGAAACAUGGCUUUAUCAAGAUUGAAAGAACUAAGGAGAAGAAAAAGUAAAGAAAAAGAGAAAAAUGAAGAUGCUCAAAUCACUAGAGAGAUAGAAGAACAUCAACCAUCUCCAGCCAGAGAAGAAGGCCAAGUGAAAAAAAGAGAAGCUUUAUCUAAACCUCCAGGCAAAGCAGCUGGUAAGCUGAGCAAGAAUUCAAGAAAAAAUAAGAGAAGAGGCAAGAAAAAGAAGCAAUCCAUUUUGUUUCAAAUUAGAAGGUUUUUUGUACGAAACAUCUCGAGAUUUUUUCGAUGA